AUGGAUUACGUCUAUUGUGGAGAUCCCAUUGCAGGUGAGGAUAUGCUAAAUGUCUAUGAUGGUGGAGGAACUCGAUCUGCUGCAACCCAUUACUCGCCAAAUUUCGCUGGCUUCAAUUUGGGCUCCGAACCAGAUUACAUGGAAAUGGUGCCAAUAUUGGCAGAUGGUGGGGAAAAUUUUGGUGUUUCAGCUGUUACCUUUGACAAUUAUGAAGAACUCUUGUGGAUGGGCAAUCAAGGUGGUCAUGUAACAUCAUAUUAUCUUAGCAACACAUUGCAAAAGUAUACAUCAUUCCAAGUACAUCCGUCGGACAUUGUGCGCCAAAUAACCACCAUUGAUUCGGGCAUAUUGGCAUUGACACAAACUUCGCUGAGACAUCAAAUACGCCGAGGAAUUCCGAAAUUCACCCACAAAUCAAAGAAUAUGACGGAAAUGGUGUGCAUGCAACAGUUGUCACCGCAUCGUUUGAUAAUGGCUGGUCUCCAGGAUGAAAUGAUUGAUUUUGAUUUGAGGACGUUGAAGGAAACGAAAUUGGAACAUGUGGGAUCCGCAGGCUGCACGGUGUUACGUCAAAAUUCCCGUUUUCUAUUCGCCGGUGAUCCCUUUGGAAAUGUAACAUUGCGUGAUCUGAAUUCUCUGCACGUUGAGCACACAAUAAAGACCCACACCGGCAGCCUAUCAGACUUCGAUGUCCAGGGUAAUUAUUUGAUAUCGUGUGGCUACAGUGGCCGCCAAGGUACCCUUGCUGUGGAUCGAUUCCUUAUGGUUUAUGAUUUACGUAUGCUGCGUUUGAUAUCACCCAUUCAAGUACUAAUUGAUCCACAAUUGCUGAAAUUUUUACCAUCACAAACAUCACGCUUGGCUGUCGUCUCAAGCUAUGGCCAAGUGCAGCUGGUGGAUACAGUGGAGCUGAGUGAGCCACGCGUAGCUAUGUAUCAGAUAAAUACAACAGGCAAUCCCUGUUUGCUGAGUUUCGAUGUUAGUUCAUCAUCACAGGCAUUGGCAUUUGGCGAUCAAUCGGGACACAUAAGUAUUAUGACGGCCGUAAAUGUACCCCAGCCUCAGUUUAAUAGUUUUUCGAGGGAAACUGAGUUUCCAGACCCCCUGCCUCAGUUGCCCAUUGUGCCGAUUACGGAUACCACAUUCCCCUUGUCAUCGAUUGUUUUGCCACAUUUAGUCACCGGGUCUCGCUGGUUUUCCGAUUGGCCAACCGAGUUGCUGAAUUAUCAAUAUCGUCGCCCCAAACCCAUCGAUGCCGAAAUCUUAAAUCACAUGAAAAUGCAAGGUCCCAUUGGUUAUUCGCCCAAUCCCCGGACACAACGACGCAAUCAGAUACCCUACAUCAUAGAGAAUGCAAGUGGAAUAGCUGGCAACGGUAAUGGUCUGACAAAUACCAUUAAAUCAUCCGAUCCCGGUGUUAAGAUUAUACCUAGACGUUAUCGUAAAGUUGAAUUGAAAUAUUCGAAAUUGGGAACGCAAGAUUUUGAUUUUGAACAGCAUAAUCAGACAUGUUUUGCUGGCUUAGAGGCAACACUGCCGAAUUCCUAUUGCAAUGCUAUGCUGCAAAUUUUGUAUUUCAUUGAACCGUUACGUCAAAAGCUAUUGGAACACAGAUGCAGCAAAGAGUUUUGUCUGACAUGUGAACUGGGUUUUCUCUUUAAUAUGUUUGACAAGUGUACCGCUUCAACACCAUGUCAGGCCAGUAAUUUUUUGCGUUCUUUUCGAACUGUACCGGAGGCAUCUGCAUUGGGACUUAUAUUAUCGGAUCGUUCAUCUAAUGUUAAUCUAAUGAAUUUAAUACAGAACUGGAAUCGUUUUAUAUUGCAUCAAAUGCACUAUGAGAUUUUAGAGUCUAGCAAAAAUGGCCAUCUAAGCCAUGCAAAAUAUGGAACAGGAAUAGGAACAGCAAAUUGUAAAAAUUCCGUGGAAUUGGUCACCGAGGAAACUGAGGAAAUAUUUCAGGCAAUCGAUGUUAAAAAUGAUGACACUACAAAGGAUGACCAGGAUCAUGAGGCCCGUAGUAAGGUUAACACCGAAACCGAUAUCAGUCGCCUUUUUGGCACAAAACAAACAACCGUUAAUCGCUGUCUUAAAUGUAACGAGGAAAAAACAAAACAGAGUAUUCUAUUGACAUGCAAUCUUAGCUAUCCACACAACUCCAAAGAAACGGAAUACUUUAGUUUUGGCAGCAUACUGAAGGGUUCUUUGAGUUCGGAGAAAAGUAUUCAGGCAUUUUGUGAGAAUUGCAAAAAGUUUUCGCCCACAAAACAGAUGGUUAAGGUUACAAGUCUGCCACAAAUAUUGACCGUCAAUUGUGGCUUAAAUAAUGAAAAAGAUUUGGGUUUCUUGAGGCGUCAUCUGCAGCGUAACAACUUCAAUUUAUCGGAGAGUCCAGCCACAUUGAAUACCAACAAACCCUGUCGUUAUGGUAUUAAUUGUUCACGCAGUGAUUGUCAUUUCCUACAUCCGGAUCGUAAAUCGCCUUCCAUGGCCUCCAAUACCACACAGCAGCCGCAGCAACAACAACAACAAAAUGUAAACAUAUCACCAAGUGGAAGGCAAACUUCAUGGUUUCCCUUAUCGUUUUCAAUGUCGCUCAAUGAUCAGGGUGAAUUAGGUGUACAAACGGAGAACAGUAAUACAAAGACAACAGUGGUGGAAACAACAGCAGAAGGGAACAACACUAAAGGCAAUGAUGCCCCCUCGGAUGUUACUGAAUCGUAUAGGGAAUAUGCCUUACAUGCUGUGGUAUGUCAAAUCGAUGAUGGUACACAGAAAAAUUUGGUUUCUUUAAUAAAUGUUAGCAAAAAAUAUCACACCAUGAAAAUGGAGACAAUGAAUAAUUCCGAUGAACAGCAACAGUGGUAUAUUUUCAAUGAUUUUUGUAUUUCUCCGGUAUCAAAUCAAGAAUCCGUAUGGUUUACUUUGGAUUGGAAAGUGCCUUGUGUUUUGUUUUACAGCAGUGUCAAUUCGGAGAAAAAUGAAUUAUUGGAUGGCCUAAUCGAAGUACCACACAAUGAACCGCAACCGUUGUACAAUCCAUUCUUGGAGGAUAUUGAAAAUGUUGCCCAUUCAAAUACCACGGCUGGCGAUCCAUUGUUUAAACCAUUACAAUCGCAUGAAAUGCCACAGGCUGGCGAUUUAGUUGCCAUGGAUGCCGAAUUUGUUACCUUAAAUCCGGAGGAGAAUGAGCUGCGUCCAGAUGGUAAAACGGCAACAAUAAAACCAUGUCAUAUGAGUGUUGCACGUAUUUCGUGUAUACGCGGACAAGGUCCCGAUGAAGGUGUUCCCUUCAUAGAUGAUUAUAUUUCGACACAGGAAAAGGUGGCUGAUUAUCUGACACAAUUUUCUGGCAUUAAACCCGGAGAUUUGGAUGCCAAUUUUAGUAACAAACGUUUGAAUAGCAUGAAAAAUUCAUAUCAAAAACUAAAAUAUUUGGUAGAUGUGGGUGUUCUGUUUGUGGGUCAUGGUUUGAAAAACGAUUUUCGCGUCAUCAAUAUCUUUGUACCCUCGGAACAAAUAAUCGACACUGUUCAUUUAUUCCACUUGCCCCACCAUCGUAUGGUAUCAUUGAGAUUUUUAGCUUGGCAUUUCUUGGGCACAAAAAUCCAAUCAGAAACCCAUGAUUCCGUAGAAGACGCCCGCACAACAUUGCAACUGUACAAACACUAUUUGCAGUUGCAGGCGGAAAAGAAAUUCCUGGCAGCACUUAAGAACCUCUAUGAUCGUGGCAAACAACUGCAAUGGAAAGUACCGGAAGACUAGAAG